GGACACUCGGCCGUAUGUCGACUCUUUGUUAUCGACUCAACUCUUGGAACUUGUUCAAACUCGGUCCCGCUUCCAUCUGUUUAUACGUUGACUUUCUCCCCCACGCAUCCCACGCACAUCACCGCCAUGCCCGCCGAGCUCAAAGCAUCCAACCUCUACUUCUCGCCCAUCUCGCCCAGCCACAAGCCGACUCCCGGCAAGGAGGGCUAUGGCAGAUACAUGCUUACCGUCCCCUGGAGCCGCACCUCCGGCUGGGGCCAGCCCAAGAUUGGACCUCGCCAGGACAUCUCGCUCGACCCCCUCGCCGGUGUGCUGCAGUACGCUGUCACUUGCUUCGAGGGCAUGAAGUGCUACAAGGACGACCAGGGCAAGCUCCGCCUCUUCCGCCCGGCAAAGAACUUUGACCGCCUCAAGCGCUCUGCCGGCCGCAUCGGCCUGCCCGACAAGUGGGACAACGAUGAGCUCCUCGACCUCCUCAGCAAGCUCUUGGACCUGGAGUCGGACAUUGUGCCUGCCGUUGACGGCGAGAACCUCUACAUCCGCCCGACGCUGCUUGAGACCUCGGAGUCGUUCGGCAUCAAGGACGACGCCUAUGCGUCCGACGCCCUCCUCUACAUCGUCACCAGCCUCAACCUCGGCAAGGGUCUUUACCCCUCGUCGGAGGGUAAGGGCAUCCGCCUCGACGCGUGCAGCCAGUUCAUCCGCGCCUGGCCUGGAGGCCACGGCAGCUUCAAGCUCGGCGCCAACUACGGCACGGUGCAGGUCGCCAAGCGGCCCGGCUACGCCAUGUCGCUCUGGCUCCACUCCGUCGACGGCAAGGAGUACCUCUCCGAGGCGGGCGGCAUGAACGUCUGGGUCAUUAAGGAGGCCAAGGACGGCGUCCUCGAGUUCACCACUAUGGGCCUUGACAACGGCAUCGUCCUGCCCGGUAUUACGCGCGAGAGCAUCAUCGAGGUCCUCAACAACCACGCCUCGGGCAAGACCCCCUUCCCGAUCGACGGCAUGCCGAAGAACAUCCGUGUUGUCGAACGCGACAUCUCUAUGGACGAGAUCACCGAGGGCGUCAAGGACGGCUCGCUCAAGGGCAUGUUCGGAUGCGGAACUGGCGUCGUCGUCGUGCAGAUCGGAGAGAUCACGUACCAGGGCAAGGAGUACACCAUCCCCACAAACCCCGCCAUCAAGCUCCUCCGCGACGCUGUCACGGGCACCCAGCGUGGCAAGUUUGAGUAUGGCGACUGGUCAUACGUUAUCCCCGAGUGGAACGGCAAGCAGCUCGAGCACAACAACGACGGCCAGAUGGUUACCGCCGCUUAGAGCGGCUGUUUCUGAGUAGGAGGGGUAGCUGUGGUCGCGCCGCCGUAAUCUCCGAGUUCGUUGGCAGACGGCUCGAGCUCAUUACGGCCUUAAGCCGUUUCCUGGACUGGCCUUUUGGCUCAAAAUCAAUGUAGAUGUUUCACGCAUGCAGGGACAAAUUGGGAUUCUCA